AUGGGCCCAAGAGACAGCACAGCGUUUGAUACGUUGUUGAGCUCGAUCACAGCGAAGUCGCAGCUGAGUAACAAUUCGUCGCCAGUGACGAAAUGCGUGUGCUCAACGACGUCGAGUGGCCAGUUGACCGGCAGCGACGAGUUGGCUGGGACCUCCACGGUACAAGCACUGAUAAAGAAUCGACAAGUCGUUGUCAAUGAGCCGGAAAUGCCUAUCAAAAUCCGAGCAGAAGUAGAAGUGUAUCGACGCGUCCAGCACCACGAUGUGGUAAUUGUGGGCGAUCUCGUAUUUCCUUUAGGUAGCUGA